GUCUACAUCAUCCGGGUCACGUGGUCCAGCGGCUCCACGGAGGCCAUUUACCGGCGCUACAGCAAGUUCUUUGACCUGCAGAUGCAAAUGUUGGACAAAUUUCCUAUGGAAGGAGGACAGAAGGACCCCAAACAGAGGAUCAUUCCUUUUCUGCCAGGCAAAAUUCUCUUCCGGCGAAGCCACAUCCGGGACGUGGCUGUCAAGCGCCUGAUCCCGAUUGAUGAGUACUGCAAGGCCCUGAUCCAGCUGCCCCCCUAUAUCUCUCAGUGUGAUGAGGUGCUGCAGUUCUUUGAGACAAGACCUGAGGACCUGAACCCCCCCAAAGAGGAGCACAUCGGAAAAAAGAAAUCUGGGGGCGACCUGGCCUCGGUGGACCCCUUGGUCCUGGAGCAGUAUGUGGUGGUGGCAAACUACCAGAAGCAGGAGAGCUCGGAGGUCAGCCUCGGCGUGGGGCAGCUGGUGGACAUCAUCGAGAAGAACGAGUCAGGUUGGUGGUUCGUCAGCACCGCAGAGGAGCAAGGCUGGGUUCCUGCUACCUGCCUGGAAGGACAAGAUGGGGGACAGGAUGAGUUUUCCCUACAGCCUGAGGAAGAGGAGAAAUACACGGUCAUCUACCCGUACACCGCCCGAGACCAAGAUGAAAUGAACCUGGAGAGGGGGGCCGUGGUGGAGGUCAUCCAGAAAAACCUGGAAGGCUGGUGGAAGAUCAGGUACCAGGGCAAAGAGGGCUGGGCGCCAGCCUCCUACCUGAAGAAGAGCAGUGGGGAGCCCUUACCCCCGAAGCUGGGCCCCGGCUUCCCAGCCCACUCGGGCGCCCUCGACCUGGACGGCAUCUCCCGGCAGCAGAACGCGGCAGGCAGGGAGAAGGAGCUGCUCAACAACCAGAGGGACGGCCGGUUCGAAGGCCGCUCCGCCCCUGAUGGCGACACGAAGCAGAGGUCCCCGAAGAUGAGGCAGAGACCCCCUCCUCGCAGGGACAUGACCAUUCCUCGUGGUCUGAACCUGCCGAAACCUCCCAUCCCACCCCAAGUGGAGGAAGAGUACUACACCAUUGCCGAAUUCCAGACGACUAUCCCCGAUGGGAUCAGCUUCCAGGCAGGGCUGAAGGUCGAGGUGAUCGAGAAGAACUUGAGUGGCUGGUGGUACAUUCAGAUUGAAGAGAAAGAGGGAUGGGCCCCAGCCACCUUCAUCGACAAAUACAAGAAAACCAGCAACGCCUCACGACCCAACUUUCUGGCUCCCCUGCCCAACGAGGUGACCCAGCUCCGGCUCGGGGACACAGCCGCGCUGGAGAACAGCCCCAGCAGCGAAGCCCCCAGCCCCUCCCGGGCCCUGCCCAAUGCACCGCAUGGUGGUCUCGACCCCGGCGGGCCGUGGUCCCGGGACUGGAAAGGCGGCAAGGAGGUCCUGCGGAAGGUGUCUGCAGACAUGUGUGCGGCCGCGGGCUACGAGGAGAUCUCGGCCCUCGACCUGGAGGAGAAGCCCAGCCUCCCGCCCCGGAAGGAGUCGAUCAUCAAGUCGGAAGGGGAGCUGCAGGAGAGGGAGCGGCAGAGGCUGGAGCAGCUCCGGGGCUCUUCGCCCAAGCCUCCUGGCAUGAUCCUGCCGCUGACUCCAGCCAAGCACGCUCCCCCAGCCCGGGACAGUAGGAAGCCAGAACCUAAACCUGACAAAAGCAAGCUGUUGCAGCUGAAGAAUGAGAUGGGGCUGGAGUGUGGCCACAAGGUGCUGGCCAAGGAAGUCAAGAAGCCGAACCUCCGGCCCAUCUCCAAGGCCAAAGCCGAGCCGCCCGAGGAGAAGCCAGAAGCCGGGCCCCAGAACCCCUUCUUAAAGUCCAGACCUCAGGUUAGGCCAAAACCAGCUCCUUCCCCCAAGACAGAGCCACCUCAGGGCGGAGACCAGCUGGAUAUCUGUAACCUCAGGAGUAAGCUCAGACCUGCCAAGUCUUCGUUGGAUGGGGACAGCCACCAGGCAGCCGGGGGUCCAGAUCUGGCUGUCACCCGCGGCCUGCCCCCCGGGGAGGGACCCGGCCGCACCCAGGAGAGGACAGGCAAACAAGACAAGCUCAGCCCCAAGGAGAUGGCCUCCAGAGCCCCUCCCCUGCCAGCCAAGACGGUGGAGCUUGUAGCCAAGAGCUCCCCGGUCCCUCUCCAGGAGUCUUCCCAGCAGAGGCCUGCAGUCCCUCCCCGGAGGCCACCCCCACCCAAGAAAGCUGCCUCAUCACCCCGGCCCCUCCCAGAGGUCAGUGGCCCACAGCGGGAGACCCCCGGGCGGGCCCUGCUCAUCCCUCCGAAAGCAAGGCCUUUUCUCCCUAACUCCUCAGGGGGCCAGGAUGACGUGAGAGGCAAAGGCGGGCAGGUCCCGCGGAUGGCAGGCCGCAUGGGUGAGAGCAGAGAGAGAGAGGGCCCGAAGGACUCCCUCUAUGUGGCCGUGGCCAACUUUGAAGGCGACGAAGACACCAGCAGCUUCCAGGAAGGGACCGUGUUCGAAGUCCGAGAAAAGAACAGCAGCGGCUGGUGGUUCUGCCAGGUGCUGAGCGGGGCGCCUCCCUGGGCCGGGUGGAUUCCUUCCAACUACCUGCGGAAGAAGCCAUAACCGCCGCCUCGCUGCCCGGAGCCCUCGCCGGCUUCACCGAGUAUUUAAGAUGCUUCUUAAUUUAUCAUCCUCCACGAAGCUCCAAGGGCAGGUGAGCUCGCUCUAGAGUGUCUGCCCAUGGGGAUGGCGACGUCCGUUCUUCGUGGAGAGUGAGUCCUUGAGACCUCAGAGCCUGGGUCAGGUCCUCCCGUACCACCACCCCGCCCCCCACUCAUCACGGACCCCCUGGAAGCUCCAGUGGCCGCCUUGCUUUCUACUCAACCUCAGCAUCCAAAUCUGCAGAGAACUCCUACUCCCAGACUACGGCCUCACCGAGCCCCCUGCUCCUCUGCCUGUGGUGGGCUUUGACUCUGCAAGACCCUACUGCCAACCCCAGGAGCAGAGCCCACCAUCAGGAGCUCCAGAGAGGGUCCCUCAUGGCUCAGAUGGGAUGUGAUAGGAAGCUGCCCUCCCUGGCACCCCACCCAGCCCUCGACGACGUUUGGCCCUCCUGGGCCCUCUCAAAAGCCCGGUGGCUUCAUUGCUCCGUUCUGAAAAGCCUGGCUGCACAGGAGCGCUUGGUCCCGUAGAAGGCGGCACCGUCGUCAAACGCAGGGCAAGGGUCUUCUUCCCCAGACUUGAAGGAAGGGUCCAUGGAGGCAGCUGCCCCAGGAUUGGCCACUCGACCUUUUCUGUCCCUCCAUCUAGUCUUGGGGCUGUCUGGGGUCUCAGAGGGCAGGCGGUUCCACUCAUGUGAACACACCUCACAUGCCUGCUACAAGUCCCAAGUCUGUCCUGGGGCUUUUAAAUAAGCAUCUCCCCAUGGGGGUGGGGGCACUUCUGUCUCCCUAGUGUAAGAAUCUCAUUUAUGUGAAUAAGGGGACCCUUCACAAGCCAUGCCCUGGCAGUGCCCCUUCAAGGAGUAGCUAGUACGUGCCAAAUGCUGUGCUUGGCAUCUUACCAUCCCAGUCUAAUGCAGUUAGACCCAUUGUAUGAGUGAGGAGGCUCAGGCACUGUGCAUGCUCCCUGGUGGGAGGAUUCGAACCCAAGUCUUCCUGGCUUCAGUUUCUGUUCUUCGCCCUGAAAAAGGCAAACCAGGCAGGGGAAAGUCAGAAGCUGCCAGGCACCAGGAAAACAGUGGCAAAGUAGCUUCCUUGUGUGGGCAAGAGGGCAUCUUAUGACUGCUUUUCACGCCUAGUACUUGUCCAACUCAAUACUGCAUGACACCUAAGGCCACCCUGGACUUGACAGGCCACUGCUCCGUCUUGGUGGGGCCUGCCAGGACCCUGAUGGUUGGCACCAAGCCUUGUGCCCCACCCCUGUGCUAGUGUACCCUUAGGGGACAGAUCUAGAGCAAAGGGGGCAGAGUUGGUCUCCCUCCCAUGCCAACCUCAUGGGAACGUGGUGGCUCAGGUGCACACAGCCAUAGCACCAUCAGAAGACACGGGGCCAGGUGCACACCUCGUCCCUUCCUGCCUCCUCUGUCUUCACUCUGACAUUUACAGGUAUAGAGUACUUGUCUUCUUUUCUCAUGCACACCCCACCCCAUCCUUCCGUCUUACACGCUAACAGAAACCCAGGACGGAUUCCCACCCAUUUGGGCAGAUAUGAUUAACUGAGGCACAGCUAAGCCAUAACAACUAGAACAAGUUUCUGGCACCCCUCCUGUAGACCAGGCUUCAGGGGGUGAAUGUGAACCCUCCCCCGCCCCUCCAAGAGAAGAGGGGACUGAUGGGGUGGCUCUGUGCUCAUCCAGGUGGUGCUCAGGAGCCUCCGGGCUGCUGUUCCAGGGGACACGUGCUGUCCUGCCUGCAGUGCCAAAGAUUUAUGUGCAAAGGUUCCUUGUCUGACGACCUGAUGCUAUGGGGGCUCUGAAUGCUUCUGAAGGAGAAAGAUGGUCGCUGGUUCACAUUAGCAUCCUUAUUCCCUGACCCCAUGUGGCCAAUAAAUCCCAUCUUCCCACAGUCUGAGGGCAGGACCCCAAGGUACCACUUACUCCAUGCCUAGACCCUUCCCUGGGAGAAGAGAGGCUGGAGGCGGAGGGUGGCCACCCACCUGGUCAGAGUCCCCGCUCCUAAUGCCUUGACUUAGGACAAGGCUCUGUAGCACGUUUUCUGUAGUCUUUUGGACCUCUGCUUUAUACAGCUUUUGUGAAGCUUUUAGGGAAGAUUGGGCUUCAUUCCAAAGGACAAAACUAGUUACUAGGUUCUGUUUUUACCAUCUGACAUUGUGCGUCUUUUGGGAGGGCCUGGGUAGGUCUGGUGUGGGCCAUUCCCUCCUGGCUGGGAGGAGCUGUGGCUCCCCUGAAGGAGUUCAUCUUGUACCGUGGUCCCUCCUCCCCAGUGCCCGCUUUGAGCAGAACCUUUCCCUGAAAGUGAAAGAAUGUAGUGUUUAUUCUUCUGACAUGAGGAAUAGGUGCAGAACCUGCAUCCUCUGCUCACUGCCCGGCCUUUGGGCCCAAGCCCUGGGCUGCGGACUCUGGUCAGCUCUGUGCGCCAAAGUGGUGGGUGCCACCUCAAGCACAUGGAAGUGGGGGUACUUAAGAGCCAGUGGCUCUUUCUAGCUCUCCUGCAUGGGGGACACUUGUUUACGCUGCCCACGAUGGAGGUCACUCUGUGAGCCAUUGGUGGAGUAGAUAGAAAACCAUGGCACUCUGAGCACGGAGAAUGACUGGGCUGUUUGCUCCCAUGCCAAGCACCGGGCAGGUCACCAGUGCUGGCGUAUGCCCCCCCCCCCUUUUUUUUCCUUCCAAUUUUACUGGGGGCUCU